GGUAUUCAUCCAAUGAUCUACCUAUUAAAGCCUCAUUGGUAGCUAGAGUGAGCAAACUAGCUAGUAUUACCAAUAAAAAAAUCAAUUUCAGAUUCACCGGAGUGGAACUCCCUGGCAGUAUGACGCUAUUUCAUUUCGGGAACUGUUUUGCCUUGGCCUAUUUCCCCUACUUUAUCACCUACAAAUGCAGUGGCUUAUCAGAAUACAAUGCAUUCUGGAGAUGUGUCCAAGCAGGAGCUACCUACCUAUUUGUGCAGCUAUGUAAGAUGUUGUUUCUAGCCACAUUCUUCCCAACAUGGGAGGGGGGAGCUGGAGUGUAUGACUUUGUUGGGGAGUUUAUGAAGGCCACGGUUGACCUAGCUGACCUUCUGGGCCUGCACCUGGUCAUGUCCAGGAAUGCUGGAAAGGGCGAAUACAAGAUCAUGGUGGCAGCAAUGGGGUGGGCUACAGCAGAGCUUGUUAUGUCAAGGUGUAUCCCUCUAUGGGUGGGUGCCAGGGGCAUUGAGUUUGACUGGAAAUACAUACAAAUGAGCUUUGACUCCAAUAUCAGCCUGGUGCACUAUAUAGCCAUGGCAGCAGUGGUGUGGAUGUUCACACGCUAUGACCUCCCCAAGAGCUUCCGCCUACCUGUGACUGUACUGCUUGGGCUGUGUGUCUACAAGGCUUUCCUUAUGGAGUUGUUUGUCCAUGUAUUCCUGCUGGGGAGUUGGACUGCCCUCCUAGUAAAGGCAGUUCUCACUGGAUCCAUCUCCAUUUGUUCCCUGUUCCUCUUUGUCACACUGGUGCAUAGUAACUGACACUGUCUGGGUUCUUUAGUACACACACAGGGUCUUUCAACUAGACUGGUCCUCUACAAAACAUUUUUUUUAUCACACAGAAAGGGUGCUGGAAUGUCAUCAUUCAUAAUUCCGAUUUAUGAUACUUCGAGCUGAUGUUAUUUUUGUUGGAUUAAGUAUGAUUCAUUAUUUAUAACAAGCAUAUGAAAGAACAUGCCUUAUUAGUACCGUUACUAAAUUACCUUUUUAUCUAUGCUGAUGAUACAAUACUGUUACUUUGUGCUCAGCUUGGUUACUGCAGGUAUGAAUGAGAUUAACUUAAUUUCCUUAGAAAUAAUUAUAAAACAUUGGCACCCUUUGUUCUUUAUGAAUUAAGCAACGUAAUGGAUUAUUUAUAUUGUCAUAUUUGUAAGAUUACGUAAAACAUGUGGUAGAGUGAUCCCACAAACUGGUUUAGUGAGGCAUGAGUGUUCAAUAAAUGUUUUAAUA